AUGCUCGCCUCGGCAGUCGCCGUACCAGAACAAGAAUCCCACCGCCAAUCACCAGAAUUGACAAGCAAGCGACGCCAGUCCUCGGUCUCAGAACACGACACCAAGCGCCGGCGACUAAGCUCCCAAAGCAACCUCUCCCCGCAAAGCCAGCGCCGCCGCUCAUCUCCUCAGCCAGAUGCAUCCGCAGAAAGCAAACCUGCGCGGUCGCGCGGAGGCCGUGAGGAAGAUCGUAAGCGCGGUCAGCGGUUAUUCGGUGGGCUUCUAGGUACUCUUUCGCAGAGCUCGAGCUCUGCGGCGCAGAGACGGCGCGCGGACAUUGAGCGCAAACAGCAGGAUAAGUUGAAGACUCAGGACUUGCAGUAUGAUGAGUUGAAGAAGCAGCGCAAGGAGCAGCGUGAGGCUAUUCGCAGGAAGGAGACGCCUUUGUAUGAGCGUGAGGCGAUGAAUACUCGGCACGGGAAUAUGAUUGCUAUGGCACAUUUCCUCAAGACGCGGGCGGAGCCCGUUCUGUAUUAUAAGCCAUGGCAAUCACGACCUGGCGAUGAAUCGGUGAUACAGAAGCAGAUUGAAGAAGCGCAAGCGACGGUCGCACGUGAAGUUGCCGAGUUUGAAGCGCGAUACCCACCUGAGGCCUUUGCACCCCAACCGGAUAAUAGCAAUGAGGAAGAGUCAGUGGCGAAGGAGCAGGGAACGCAAGGCGAGAAGAUGCAGCCAAUAGAUACCGCUUCGGACCAACCAGCUGCUUCAGAGCCUCUGGAUUUAAAAGAUUCCGAACCCAAGGAGCCAACCCAGGAAGCCCCCAAGACGGCCAAAGCAGACACUAACGAGAAAGACGCUGGAUCAGUGACAAUGAAUGGUUCUGCUGAUGUGGCCACUGCUGUACAUGAUUCGAGCGAUACCCAUCAUGAUGAUGGCGGAGAGGUCUUGGAGGAUAACGAGGAUACUGUGAUUUAUUAG